AAUUCGUAUAAGAUCACGGGUGAGAACGGUGAAGCGUAUGAAUGAAGACGCGCAACAAACAGAUCGCUUAUAGACUUGGUCAAGCGCCAAUUCAGUUUCUUCAUCUUCAAGAUUUGUUGAGCUAAGGAAAAUUUUCAAGUUUUCAUCAUCGCAUCUUCAUCAUCUCAUCCCUUCCCUUUAAUCAUCUACUCUGCCCCAUCCCAAAGCUCUGUUUGUAUUGAAAAACAAGCCAUCACUUCAAUGCUGGCUGUUCAAUUUCCUUCCCAAGAUUCCAGGCCGAUCAUAAUGAGUCCAAGAAUAUCAUUUUCCCAUGAUGUUUCGCCGGCGGACAUGAGGGACAUCGCACCCGCCGCCGAACAUCAAAACAUCCGGCAGAGCUCGCCGCCGCCCCUGUCUAGCUCGGAGUUCAAUUUUUGUGUUCUCAGGGAGAGAUUUGAUCAUUUUUCUUCAGCAGAUGAGCUUUUCUUGGACGGAAAGAUUCUUCCUACUGAGAUCAAGAGAGGUAUGGGUCAGCAAAGAAAGGUAUUUCCGCCGCCGCCGCCGCAUCCCCUUCCUCCUCAGCCGCUGCCGCCGCUGCAAAAACAGAGGUGGAAACUAGGGCGGAGUUCAAGUUUGAGUUGUGGGACUGGAACUCUAUGUCCAUUGCCUCUUAUGUCAAGAAGCAAUUCUACAGGAUCUUCUUCCCCAAUUACCAAACGAAAUUACCAGAAAGUUUCAUCUUCUUCAACGAAACAGUCACAGAAUGUCUCUACCGGUCAUCAUCAUCAAAAGCCUCCGCUGAAGAAGUUGAUGAAUUACAGUGGGAUGGGGAUAAACCCAGUCUUGAAUAUUCCGCCGGGAAGUUUCUUUCGUUUACCUUCUUUUUUUUCCGGUGGGAAGGAUAAAAACAGGAAGAAGUGAUGACCGUUGCUUAAUUAUUUUAUUUGUGUCUGUUUUCUUUUUAUUUCCUGUGGUGGGGUUAUCCAUUUUGCUUCAUAAAAACUACUCGUAUUCAUCUCUGGAUUUGCUAUAUAUGUAUACAGGGUUGCCCUAUAUGAUUUUCAAUACUGGACAAUAUGUUUUUUAACAAAAUUGAUAAUACUCCAAUUUGG